AUAUCGACGCUCCAUGGACGCCUUCUGAUUGGCUACGCGGCAAAUCGGUUUACGGCCAGCACGUGUGGCUUCCCCAAACCAUCGGGUUUCGCUCGGGCGCUGAAGAUGGGAAAGAGAAGAGAGAAGAAGCAGCUGUUCAACAGCUUGACCAAGAAACAGAAAAAACACCUCAAAGAAUUCGGAGAGCAGCACCCCUUCCAUGACAAGGUCGACGUCACAGCGGGACCUUCACGUGUCACCGAGCUGCCAGGCAGUCCGGAGCACUCGAGUGAAGGCAGUGACGAGGACAGCGAGCCCGAGGGGGCAUCGGCCUACCAGACACUACUGUCCUCCCUGACCGCGGCGCCGGACGAGGACACGGAGGAGGACGAUGAUGACGACGAUGACAGUGAUGAUGAGGAAGGAGAGGACGAGGGCGCAGAAUUGGAGGAGGACGAGCAGCCAGACGACGACGACGUCCACACGGCAGAGCUGGGGGGUGACGGGGACCCCGAUGACACCGCCGAGGACUUCACAGACAAGGAGCACGAGUCCAAGUUCAGCCUGGAGUCCAACUGCCUGGAAUCGGACGCCACGCCGGAGGGGCCGAGGACCCCGAGUGCCUCUUGUCAAGAUCCCUUCAUGCAGCAUCUGUACACGGAGCUGGACGAGGAGGACAUCAGGAAGGCUUCAUCCGGCAGCAGAUCCACAGCCCAGCUGAAAUGGCAAAGGCUCGGAAACCUGCUGCUGUCUAACAGCUUAGAGACGUGCAGCUCGCUGACUCCGGGACACGCUCCCUGCGAGGGUCUCCUCCACAAGCCCCUGUCCACCACCUGGCCCAAAGUGAACAGGCCCUUUGUACACGCGGAGGAGCAGCGGACCUUCACGCCUCUCCAGCAGGAGCUCUUCAGCCUCAUGGCCGCCUACAAGGACGUGUACUUCCCCGAGAGCUCGGUGCUGGGAGACGGGCCUCCGGUGCGCGCCCUCUACUGCCUGCACGUCCUCAACCACGUGCUGAAGGCCAACUCGCUGGUGCUGGCCAACAACGCUCACCUGCGGGACCGUAAAGCCAACCUGAAGGAGGAGGAGGAGGACGAGAGGCGAGAUCAGGGUCUGACUCGGCCCAAGGUGCUCAUCCUCGUGCCCUUCAGAGACGCAGCCCUGCGCGUCGUCCAGACCUUCAUCAGCCUGCUGGAGGCCACCGACAAAAAGCUGGAUGUCAGCAACAAAAAGAGGUUCAAAGACGAGUUCGGCUCGGGCCCAGAGGACCGGCCGCCCAGCCGCUCUCGACCCGAUGACUACCACGCCACCUUCUCGGGGAACGUGGACGAUCACUUCAGGAUAGGGGUGGCCAUCCUGCAGAAGAGCAUGCGUCUCUAUGCCCCCUUCUACUCCUCGGACAUCAUCAUCGCCUCCCCGCUGGGCCUGCGCACUCUGCUGGGAGUGGAAGGAGACGUGAAGAGGGACUUUGACUUUUUGUCCUCCAUUGAGGUCCUCAUCUUGGACCAGGCCGACAUCUUCCUCAUGCAGAACUGGGAGCAUGUGCUGCACAUCAUGAGACACCUCAACCUGCAGCCGCUGGACCCCCACGGUGUGGACUUCUCCAGGGUGCGCAUGUGGAACCUCAGUAACGCGGCUCAGUGUUACCGGCAGACGCUGAUCUUCAGCAGCAUUCAGGAGCCGCAGAUCAACGCCAUCCUCACCAAGAGCUGCCACAACUACCGGGGCCAGGUGGCCGUUAAGAACUUACCCAAGGUGGGCUCCAUCUGCCAGGUGGUGGUGCCCCUCCCUCACGUGUUUCAGAGGUUCAAGACGGACAGCUUUGCUGAUCAGGAUGCGCGCUUCCAGUUCUUUGUGGACAAAGUCCUGCCGCAGUACCGGGACGCGGUGAUGUCACACACCCUCAUCUAUGUGCCCUCCUACUUCGAUUACGUGCGGCUGCGUAACUUCCUGCGCAAGGAGGAGAUCGGCUUUGCGCCCGUCUGCGAGUACUCCAAGAAGUCGGACGUGUCCCGGGCCAGGCACUUCUUCCAAAAUGGAGUCAAGCCCUUUUUACUCCUCACUGAGCGUUUCCACUUCUUCAGAAGGCACUCCAUCAAAGGCGUCCGCAAUCUCAUCUUCUACGCCCUGCCCAGCUACCCCCACUUCUACAGCGAGGUCUGCAACAUGCUGAGCGCCCCCAGCAGCGGCGAGGAGGCCACCUGGACGUGUACCACCCUGUACUCCCGCUAUGACGUCCACCGCCUGGCGUCUGUCACCGGAGCCGAGCGCGCCGCUCAGAUGCUGCAGUCCCAGAAGUCGGUGCACCUGUUUGUGACGGGUGGGGAGGAGGCGGCGUUGUGACAUUGCGGAUCAUUUUUAGGUGCUCGUGUUGAACGCCGGGGCCACAGGAGGUGACGUGCCUUAUGAGACAUUGUGACACUUGGAAAUGUGACGUCUCACUUUGACCUCCCAGCCUUCUAAUUGGACGAAUUCUUAAACGAGCUGCACGCGCAUUUGGGGGCAAAUCGAGUCCCAAUUCCAUGGACAGUUAAGAAUGACGUUGGGGUCUUGGACGCCAUCGCGCUGGCCGGUGACGUGAAGGGGGCGGGGGGUUUGAUUAAUAAAAGUGGCUUCACAGA